UCCUAGCCUCCCGGGUACUAUUUUUCUUCCACGCUUUGUACACAACCAACCCUAAGCACAUUAGGAACAGCGUACGUUCUCUUUCAUCUGCCCGAUAAUCCGGGCGAACAAGAAUUCGUAGUUUUUCACGAAAAUGAGCGGCUAUUCACCCCUCAAGAAACCCAAAUUCGAGAGAGUAGAAAACACUAUUGAAGAGGUGGAGCCAUUAGAAGAACCAAAACCAGAACGAGAUGGAAAUAAUGAAACUAAGGAGCAGAUCAGGAAUGAGCAGGAAGAAGCUAUAAUCGCCCUCAUAGAGCAUCGCCAAAAAGAAGUUGAACACCUGAGCCAACGAAUUACCUACUAUAACUCCCAGCUUAACGAUGCAAAGAAAAGGUUGAAGGACAGCCAAAAUAAAUUGGCUAAUAUUCGAGGACACAACAUGAAAAACCAAACACAGUCUAGACCACAUCUUGCACCAUCUGCUGUCUUACCAAAUACUAAACCAACAAAGGCAACAGAAACUGUAAACAGAAUUUCCGAUGGUUCUGGAUCAGUGUCCGCCUCAAUGCUGCAUCACAGCAACACUAUGGCCAAGGCGAAGCAAGAAAAAGCCUAUAAGAAAUCGUCUGAGCUGGAUAAUCAGCCCAAGGGAGCAAAGCGGAAACUUGAACAGCGAGAACAUAAAGAUUUGAUUAAGUUGAUCAACAAAAGCCCUUCACCACUCACUAUCCACUGUCAGACUGCUAAUUAUUUGUCCAGCCAACACAAAAGAAAGCUUAGAAGUCUUGUCUUGUGCCCAACAAAUGAUCAGUUAUUUGUCACAAGUGCACUUGAUGGAUUAGUCAAUCUAUGGCAAGUUCAGGGAAGAGGAACAAGUGCAACUCUUCUGAGUUCAACCGAUUGUCAAUCUGAAAAGCAGAGAUGGCCGGAGGACAUAGCUUGGUGUCCACAGGGAAACAAACUCUUUUCAGUUUAUACUGCAGACAAUGGAGAUUCUCAGAUAUCCCUUCUGAAUCUGAACAAAGGAAAAGAGAAAACCCGCGUAAACUUUCUGCAAGACAAGCCUCACGUAAAGGGCAUCAUCAACAGCAUAAUGUUCAUGCCUUGGGAUGAAACGAAAUUCGUCACGGGUGGAAGUGAUCAUGCUGUAUUUAUCUGGUCUGAGAAAGACUCCGAAGACUCUUGGAAAGCAAAACCUCUACACAAACAUCACCAUUCCUCUGCUGUGAUGGGAGUUGCUGGGAUUCAGCAUAAGAAUAUUGUGAUGUCUGUCGGUGCAGACAAGCGCAUUGUUGGUUAUAAUGUACAAACAGAAAGGUUGGAUUACACACACCAGUUGGACAGCAAAUGCAUGAGUGUUUUGCCUAAUCCGUGCGACUUCAACCUCUUUAUGGUUCAGACAGGGACCCCAGAGCGGCAGCUACGCCUAUUUGAUCUUAGACUGAGGCAAAUAGAAAUCCAUGCAUUCGGGUGGAAUCAAGAGUGCAGCGACUCACAGUCGGCUCUCAUAAAUCAGUCGUGGUCUCCCGACGGUUUGUACAUGAGUUCUGGAUCGACAGACCCUGCAAUACACAUAUUCGAUAUCAGAUUCAACACUCACAAGCCUUCUCAGUCUAUAAGGGCUCAUCAGAAGAGAGUGUUCAAAGCUGCGUGGCACAACGCCCACGCCCGCCGUCUCCUCAUCUCAAUCUCUUCCGACCUCAAUAUUGGAUUGCACAACAUUCCUAUGUAAGGCCCUCUGUUGUCUCAUUUGCCUCCUUUGAUGAUUGUGAGGAAAUAUAUAGUAUAAUUUGGCAGCAGUUUCUUGUCGGGAGGAUGACAUGGUGCUGCAUUGCGAUGACGAGGUAUAUGUAUUGUUGGACGUGAUAAAAUAAGUUUUUGAUGUAUUCUUUUUAAUAAAAAUAAAAUAUUUCACACUGUAUUUGCAUUUGCUUAAUAAGUUUUUGUGUUU